GGGGCGGCCUGGGGGAGGGAGGCCCCCCCACCACCUGUUGGGGCCACGCGGGGCGCUGGGGGAGGAGGCGCAGGGGUGCACAGGCACCGCCACCAGGGGGUUGUGGGGGGAGGGCGGCGGGGUGCAGGGGCGCACAGCCACCACCACCUGGGGGGGUACUGGGCGAGGGGGGCAGUGCAGUCCCGCGGGUGCACAGACUCCGAGGCCGGGGUGGGAGGCCCGGCGCUGGAAUGCAGUUUUCUCAGGCCGGAGAGACUUUGCACCGGAGCGGAGACGACUUCGGGGUGGGGUUUCGCCGCGUCCCCUCCUCCCUCCCCGGGCCGGGCCCCCCUCGCAGGCGCUUUCUGGGCGCGUCCAGGAGCGCGCUGCGAAGUUGCUAGAGGCGCGCGGAGCGGCCGGCGGCUGGGACAAUGGAAGAGAAGGAGAGCCGGCGGGGAGAGCGGGGCCUCGCCACCCCCGCGGACGGCGUGCAGAGCCCGCGGGGUGAACCGGAAGCAGGAAAAAGCAGUCUGCAUGUGACAUCACUGGAAGAUGCAGAAUGCCGCAGAACCAAGGAGCGCCUCUCUAAUGGGACCAGCCGGCUUGUGGUUCCCAAGUCUUCACGCAAUAUCCCAAGGAGACACACUCUAGGCGGGCCCCGAAGUUCCAAAGAAAUCCUGGGAAUGCAAACAUCUGAGAUGGACAGGAAGAGAGAAGCUUUCCUAGAACAUCUGAAGCAGAAGUACCCCCACCAUGCCACGGCCAUCAUGGGCCACCAAGAGAGACUGAGAGACCAGGCAUUGCAAGGCAUGCUGAUUUCUCUCCAGACAGAACUUGACAUGCAAAGGUUCUUGAUGAAAAUUGAAUCAGCCCAGCGAACAAGAAGCCCUAAGCUGUCUCACAGUCCUCAGCCUCCCAGUUUGGGUGAGCCAGUGGAACAUUUAUCAGAGACGUCUGGUGACUCUUUGGAAGCCAUGUCGGAGGGAGAAGUUCCAAGUCCUUUCUCCAGAGGCAGCCGGACUAGAGCAAGCCUUCCAGUGGUGAGGUCAACCAACCAGACGAAAGAGCGAUCUCUGGGGGUUCUCUAUCUCCAGUACGGAGAUGAAACCAAGCAGCUCAGGAUGCCGAAUGAAAUCACAAGUGCAGACACAAUCCGUGCUCUGUUCGUAAGUGCCUUUCCCCAGCAGCUCACCAUGAAGAUGCUUGAGUCUCCUAGUGUCGCCAUCUACAUCAAAGAUGAAAGCCGUAACGUCUAUUACGAAUUGAACGACGUCAGGAAUAUUCAGGACCGGUCCCUCCUCAAAGUGUACAACAAGGAUCCCGCACAUGCGUUCAAUCACACACCAAAAACUCUGAAUGGAGACCUGAGGAUGCAGAGAGAGAUCAUUUAUUCCAGAGGAGAUGGCCCCACAGCCUCUCGGCCAGGAUCCAUGGCCCACACUCCUCAUGCCAUUCCAAACUCCCCACCCCCCACACCUGUGCCCCACUCCAUGCCUCCUUCCCCAUCCAGAAUCCCCUACGGGGUCUCCCGCCCUAUGAUUGCUCCUGGCAACGCCACCCUUCCCAGGGACAGACUGUCCAGCCUGCCCAUCUCCAGAUCCAUCUCACCGAGCCCCAGUGCCAUCCUGGAAAGGAGAGAUGUCAAGCCGGAUGAGGACAUGAGCGCCAAGAACCUGGCCAUGUACCGCAACGACGGCUUCUACGCCGACCCCUACCUGUAUCACGAGGGCAGGAUGAGCAUCGCCUCUUCCCACGGCGGCCACCCCUUGGAUGUCCCCGACCACGUCAUCGCCUACCACCGCACGGCCAUCCGAUCCUCCAGCGCCUACUGCAACCCAGCUCUGCAAGCGGAGAUGCACAUGGAGCAGGCCCUGUACAGACAGAAGUCACGGAAGUACCCAGACAGUCACCUGCCAACGCUGGGCUCCAAAACACCCCCCGCCUCCCCGCACCGGGUCAACGACCUCAGGAUGGUGGACAUGCACGCCCACCACAACGCCCACGGCCCACCGCUCACCAUGCAGCCCGAGCGGGUCUCGCCCAGCCGCCAGACCUUCAAGAAGGAGCCGGGCACCUUGGUAUAUAUUGAAAAGCCACGGACCGCUCCAGGACUCUCUGGCCUGAUGGAGCUUGGUCCUCCUCUGGUUGAGAAGCAGGUGUUUGCUUACAGCACGGCGACCAUCCCCAAAGACAGGGAGACCAGAGAGAGGAUGCAAGCCAUGGAGAAACAGAUCGCCAGUUUAACUGGCCUGGUUCAGUCGGCGCUUUUUAAAGGGCCCAUAACAAGUAGUAGCAGAGAGGCGUCUAGUGAGAAAAUGAAAAGCACAGCCAGCAAGAACCACGUGGACAGUGCAGCAGGAACGCCCCAUGCUUUGGUCGGGAAGACGCUCAGCGCCCUGGAGUGCACGGGGCCACCCAGCCAGCCACUGCCCGCGGGCACCCCGGCCCUACACGCCAGCCUGCUGCACAUGAGACGCAGCGUGGCUGAACUCCGGCUCCAGCUCCAGCAGAUGCGGCAGCUCCAGCUGCAGAACCAGGAGCUGCUGAGGGCCAUGAUAAAGAAGGCUGAGCUGGAAAUCAGCAGCAAAGUGACGGAAACGCUGAAGAGGCUGGAGGACCCGGUGCAGAGACAACGCGUCCUGGUGGAGCAGGAGAGACAGAAGUACCUUCAGGAGGAGGAGAGGAUUGUCAAGAAGCUCUGUGAACUGGAAGACUUCGUGGAGGACUUGAAGAAGGACUCUGCAUCAGCUGGCCGAGUGGUGACGCUGAAAGAUGUAGAAGAUGGGGCCUUCCUCCUCCGACAGGCGGGAGAGGCUGUAGCAACCCUGAAAGGAGAGUUCCCCACCUUGCAGAACAAGAUGCGAGCCAUUCUGCGUAUCGAGGUGGAGGCUGUGCGCUUCCUGAAGGAGGAGCCACACCGGCUGGACAGCCUCCUACAGCGCGUGCGCGGCAUGACCGACGUCCUGACCACCUUGCGGAGGCACGUCACCGAUGGCCUCCUGAAAGGGACCGACGCAGCCCAGGCCGCACAGUAUGUCGCCAUGGAAAAAGCCACCGCCGCCGAGGUCCUGAGGAACCAGGAAGAGGCACCUCAUGCCCCAAGCCAGUCCUCCCAGGCUGGCGCAGGAGUUCCUGGCGAUGUGAAGGCGGAAGUGAUGCCCUUGACAGUUCACCACGUGCAGAGCUCUCCUGUGGUCAUCCAGCCCUCGCAGCUCUCCUGCGCCCUGCCGAACCCGGCCCAGCAGGCGUCCCUGGGCACCAGUCCUCACCCCACCAGCCCCCCAGCCGGGACACAGGAGGUGAACUUGGCACAGGUGCCUCAGUCCCCACAGACCCCCGUGAAUGGCUCUGCUCUGCAGACCCUGUUCAUUGAGGAAAUCCACAGUGUGAGUGCCAAGCACAGAGCAGAGUCCAUUGAGAAAGCAGAGAGGAAGUGGGAAGAGAAAAGGCAGAACCUGGACCAUUACAACGGGAAGGAGUUCGAGAAGCUUUUAGAGGAAGCUCAGGCCAACAUCAUGAAGUCAAUUCCAGACCUGGAGAUGCCUCCAGCUUCAGGGCCCCAGCCAAAGGGGGAGGCUCCAGGGGACAAGCUGGACCAUUCAGAAGACUCGCCAAAUUCCGAACAGGAUCUGGACAAGAUGGGGGGCAAGUCCCCACCCCCUCCUCCCCCACCCCCGAGACGGAACUACCUGCCAGGAUCUGGGCUCACCACCACACGGUCUGGCGACGUGGUCUACACGGGCAGGAAGGAGAUCAGCAGCGCUAAGGUGAGCUGUGAAGAGGCUGGACCAGGCCCUCAAGCUAGAGCCACAAAAUUUCCAGCAGAGGAGCCAGCUUCAGCCUGGACCCCGUCCCCACCGCCUAUUUCUAUCACCUCAAAGGACGAGGAGGAAGAUGAGGAGGGAGACAAAAUCAUGGCAGAACUCCAGGCUUUCCAGAAGUGUUCCUUUAUGGAUGUAAAUUCAAACAGUCAUGCUGAACAGUCCCGGGCUGACUCUAGGCCAGGGGCCACAGCCCCGCCCAAGGAGAAGAAGACACAGGGCAUUUUUGGAAGCUGGAGAGCAAGGCCUGCCCAGAACUUGGGAUUUUUCCAUGAAGACGCACGGAAAUCUGAGGUUGAAUAUGAAAACGGACCCAGGCUGGACAGUCACAAGGUUCCCACAGGGGCACCCAGUGACCGUCCUAAGUGGGACAGAGGAGUGGAGUCUAGUGUAUCUGAUGCUUCGCAGACAUCAGAAUGUAAAAGUGACAGCCUGGUGAAAGAAAGCUCCGUGCCCAAUCAGAGUUCACCCAGAGACGAUGAAAACUAUUUCCAGAAAAAUGGAUCUAAGGUCCAUGCCUCUGGCAUGAGUUCAUUAGAAGAGGAACUAAACAAAGGUCCGAAAGUCUCAGGACGGCAGCUCCCCACCUCAGACACUGAGACUCAGAAGAUGAGUCAUGCAAAAGACAAGAGCCAACAAGGCCAGGAGACUACAGAUAAGUGUCAUUGCCCGUCUCUUGCGAGAUCCACGGAACUGAGUGUCCUGGACCCCAGGACUCAUGACGAAGAGGUUUCAGUGACAGAGUUUGGUCAGGUUGUUCUGAGAACCAGGGGUACUAGGGCAGCAAGUGUGAACCCAAAUGAGGACACAGAAUCUACACCGAGUUCACCCACGGAAGAAAACGCCACCACCGACAACAUUGCUUUCAUGAUCACCAAAACCGCAGUGCAGGUUCUGUCCAGUGGGGAGGUCCGAGACAUAGUGAGCAGGAAGGGGGAAGACGUCCAGACGGUGAACAUCGAUGCCAAAAAAGAGGUGAAUUCCCCACCAGGAGCUGAUAAUGAAGAGCCCGUCGUGUGUCUGGACAAGAAGCCAGUUAUCAUCAUUUUUGACGAGCCUAUGGAUAUCCGGUCUGCGUAUAAGAGGCUUUCCACCAUAUUUGAGGAAUGUGAUGAGGAAUUAGAGAAAAUGAUGAUGGAGGAGAAGAUAGAGGAGGAGGAAGAGGAGGAAAAUGGGGAUGCUGUGAGUCAGAAUAAGACUUACCCAAAGCCUUCCAGGCCCAGCAGCCUUGGAUCUGGGCAGCUCGCUGAGGAGAAGUUAGCAGAGACCAAGAGCCCAGGACAGGAUGCUCUCAAAGAGGAGCCCAGUCAGCUGAGCCAGGCAGAGUCUCCCAGCCCGGACAGCAGGUGCAAUGGGCUGGAGGAUCAGUUUGAGAGCCCUAAGAAGAAGUUCAAGUUCAAAUUUCCCAAAAAGCAGCUGGCAGCCCUGACUCAGGCCAUCCGCACGGGGACCAAGACGGGGAAGAAGACACUGCAGGUGGUGGUCUACGAAGAGGAGGAAGAGGACGGCACCUUGAAGCAGCACAAGGAGGCCAGGCGGUUCGAGAUCGCUCGGUCUCAGCCUGAGGAGCCCCCGAGAAACCCGCUCCGGGGACCUGAGAGCCCAGCACCAAUCUCUAGGACAGACGAGAUCCGAAAGAACACGUACAAGACGUUGGACAGCCUAGAACAGACCAUCAAACAGCUGGAAAACACCAUCAGUGAAAUGAGCCCUCGGGUCCUAGCAGACCCCUCCUCCGCUUCCUCCAACCGAGAUUCCCUAGCAAGCUCACCCCACCUAGCCCGGGAGCCCUCGCCCCGGUCCUUGCUAGUUCUGGAUGACGCCCCCACUGCCCUAGAGCCCCCCUCGUCUAUUCCUUCAGCGUCACGAAGUAAGGGCUCCGGGGGAUCCUCCCAGACCAGCAGGAUGCCUGUGCCCAUGAGUUCUAAGAACAGACCCGGAGGCCUGGACAAGCCUGGCAAGCCGUCCAAACUACAGGACCCCCGCCAGUAUCGCCAGGCUAAUGGAAGUGCUAAGAAAGCUGGUGGGGAUUGUAAGCCUACUCUCCCCUCCUUACCUGCUUCUAAGAUUCCAGCCCUUUCUCCCAGCUCUGGGAAAAGCAGUUCCCUGCCCUCUUCUAGUGGUGACAGCUCUACCCUCCCUAAUCCACCUGCUAAACCACUGGUCCCCUCUAACCCUCUCAGCCCUCACACAGGACGCUCCGCUCCUCCUGCCUCCCUCAUCCCCUCUGUCUCUAAUGGCUCUUUAAAGUUUCAGAGCCCCACUCAUACAGGUAAAGGUCACCAUCUCUCAUUCUCACUGCAGACUCAAAAUGGCCGAGCAGCCCCUCCUCCUUCCUCUUCCUCCUCGUCCCCCUCCCCAGCCUCCCCCACCGCACUGACUCAAGGUGCAAAGAGCAUCAGGACCAUCCACACUCCUAGCCUCACCAGCUACAAGGCACAGAACGGAAGCUCCGGCAAAAGCGUCCCAUCCACAGCCAAGGAGACCUCCUAAAGGCCAAAUCCUAGUAGACACAAGUUGGAGUUAAAAGAAAAAAAAGUGUUUUUUUUUUCUAGCAGCUUUCAACAACUGUUUUCACAAGACGAUGUGACAUAUUGUUGUACCGUGUGAGGCUUAAUGCUAUGUAUGCACUAAAUACCAAAUUAGUAGACUUCAGUAAAGUUUUUUUUCCCCCCGUUUUUUCCUUGGUUACCAUUGUAAUUACGUAGUGUUGACUGUCUGUAUCUAAGUACUUGUUAAAUGAAGUAAGCAUGUGUUGCAGGAAAAAAACAAAUAAUAAUAAAAAGACAAUGGUGAGAGAGAAUGUGUGUGAGGCAGAAGAAGUAAAAUGUACUGAGCAUGUCAAACAUGUCCGAUUCCAGAAUUUUAGUAUCUUUUUUGUAUAGAACUAUUUUUCAUUACAGAGACUAGGAGUGAACAGAGAAAUACACAAGCGUGACUAUUAUGAAUUAUAAAACAGAUGUGAUAAUAUUUUCCUUUUUAUUUUCAUGUUAUUUAGCUUUAUUACAGAUUUCUAUUUUUGUCAAGACUUCAUGGUUCCUUUCAAGACCUUUUUUGCCAAAAUGUUUUGAUACUAUAUAGCAUUGUACAUUUGAACGUUAGUGUGCUAGACAAAAAGCCAAUGAACUUCUGCCAAACCGACAGAGAGGCGGAUGUAGAAAGACAAGUUAUCAAACCUGUUGCACUGCCAGAAAGUUCUGGAUGAUAAUUUGCCAGCCCCAGCAAGCUAGUUCCUUUGCUUUUCCUGUUUCUUUUCCCUCUUUGUUUCAUCAUAUUAGAACUCUGUAGUUGUUUCUUUGCAAGAUCAAACCCCUUCUUUUGUCUUCUGGGACCUGAUAACCCCACACAGUGGCAGCCUUGUGGGUCUUAAAAUGUACACUUCUGCCCGCUUCUAGAGACUGACUUUUGUAAAUAUAUAAAUAGGCUUACAAAUACUGAUCUGACAGCACGUAGACUAGUUUUCCCACACCAAAGUUAAUUUUUAUGCAUGCUUUAAAUAAAUAAAUAAAUAAAUAAAUAUAUAUAUCUUGGGAUGGGCAGAGGUGGGAUGAACCUAUACAUUUUUUUUAAAAAAAAAAGCAACAAGUUUGCACAGCUAGAGCAUUUUUGUAAAUAAAUGUAUUUGUAUAACACAGUCAUGUAAUAUACAGAACUAUAAGCAGAGACUUUGCAAAAACUAAAUAAAGGGCUGCAUGAUUAUUAUUAUUA